UGAGGAGGUGUGGCUAACCUAAGGAGCUCAGGUGCAAGAAAUGCACUUGAGUAACUAGAAGAGAUGGAAUCUGGAUCUACCUCUCCUCGCCCUCAUUUAAGGUUAGCAGGUGAGGAAGUAGCAUCUCUCUGGUUAGAGACUGCACUUCUCUUGAGCCAUCACCAAUUGUUGCAAGGGACCACGCUGCUAAACAGCCCGGGGAGGCUCAUGCUUCCCUAAUAUCCAUCACUCCCUGCUUCCAACGUGGUCACAGACAGAACAACAAAGAGGGUCUCAGAGGAAAAUGGAUCCUGGCAGAUAUGAGAGAGUCAGCCCUUUUAGCAAAGAAUUUUGCUCUUACACAAAUUAUAGGAUAAAUGGAUGCUUGCAGAUAUGAAGAGUAAGCCCUUAAAGAUGGGAAAUUCUUAUGCUGGUCAGCUCAAGACAACAAGGUUUGAAGAAGUGUUGCAUAAUUCUAUUGAGGCCUCUCUCCGCUCAAACAACUUAGUUCCCAGGCCGAUCUUUUCUCAGUUGUAUUUGGAAGCUGAACAGCAGCUGUCAUCACUGGAAGCAGGCAGCAGAGCAGAUAAUGAGGAAGAGGAAGAGGAGGAAGAAGAAGAAGGCUUAGAAUCAAGUAGUCCUGUUUCUUACCAAAUGAAGCCUCCCCCAGAAGGAUGUUGCACUACUGAUGGUUUCUGCCAGGCUGGUAAAGAUUUGAGACUGGUUUCGAUUUCCAAUGAACAUAUUGAGGUACCAUUGGGGUUUUUACUCGUUGGCGCCAAGUCACCAAAUUUACCUGAUCACCUCUUAGUGUGUGCUGUGGAUAAGAGAUUCCUUCCAGAUGAUAAUGGGCGCAAUGCCCUGUUGGGCUUCUCUGGCAAUUGUGUUGGCUGUGGCAAGAAAGGUUUCUGCUACUUUACAGAAUUCUCAAAUCACAUUAACCUUAAACUGACCACUCAGCCCAAGAAACAGAAACACUUAAAGUAUUAUCUGGUCAGGAAUGCACAGGGAGCUCUGACCAAAGGAUCUGUAAUCUGCUGGAAAGGGGCAGAGCUCAGAGGCCGGCAGUCUUCAUCCAGCACGUGUCCAGGCACGGGGUUCCAACUGCCAGAGAGCUCAGGCCUCUCCGGGAGCACCACGAGUGAGCCUCCCCCAAACCCUCCGUCUGCGACUCCACAAACAGCUACAGCCAUAGAUCAUAUUCCAUCAACAGCAGCAUUCGGCUCAGCAGCUUAUAAUGGCAAGGAAUCUCCUAAACAACAGUUGGUGAAAAAUAACCUAUCUGCUUUGACAAGACCAUCGGUGUUAGGCACUUUAACAAAUUCAGGGCCUCCAAAAAAGCGUCAUAAAGGUUGGUCACCGGAAUCUCCAUCAUCCACUGAAACUUGGAACUUGCCACUCAACCCACAGGUUCCAAAUAGAAUUAAAAAUGAUGGAGGAAGCCUAUCAUCUCUACCACAUUCUGCUUUGGUGGGGCCAGCCUCAUCUCCAAUGGUGGGCUCGGGAGAACCUGUCUCAGUUCCUGACAACUUGCUGAAAAUCUGUAAAGCAAAGCCAAUUAUCUUUAAAGGUCAUGGAAACUUCCCAUAUCUUUGCGGGAACAUUAAUGAUGUGAUAGUGAGUCCUCUGCUGUAUACCUGUUACAGAAAUUCACAGUCUUUAUCUAGAGCAUAUGAACAGUAUGGUGCCCCGACAAUACAGCCGAUAUCAGAGGAAAUGCAGCUCUUGUUGACUGUCUACUACCUUGUCCAGCUAGCUUCAGACCAAGUCCCUCUGAUUGAGGAUUUGGAACAAAUAUUCAUGCGUUCUUGGCGAGAAUCACACCUAUCUGAAAUCCGUCAGUACCAACAGGUGAUUCCGCAGACCUUUCCUCAGGUGCCCAGCCAGAUUGCCCCAGUGACCUCAGCCCAGCUCCCCUGGCUGGCAGGGCUGGCAGCCAGCUCCUGUAAUGACAGCGUCCACAUCAUUGAGUGCAGCUACUCUCUGGCUGAAGGGCUUUCAGAAAUGUUUAAGCUGCUCAUCGAAGGAAAAUUAAUAAAGACAAACUACGUGGUGAUCAUAUGUGCUAGCAGAAAUCGAGCCAUUGAUUCCUGCAUCGUGAUAACAGGAAAGUAUCAGGCAAGAGUUCUGUCCGAGGGCAUGCUCACUCCUUCAGACUACCAAAAAGAAGUAAACUAUCAGCUGGUCACGGGCAAAGUGGAAUCUCUAGGGUCCUUCUUCAGCACUCUCUGCCCUGAGGGGGACAUUGAUCUUUUGCUGGAGAAAUUUUAUCAGGAAAACCAAGGGCACAUCUCUUCAUCACUGUCUGCUUCAGUGAAUAAAUCAACGGUGCUGAAUGGAACAGGAGCAGCUGUGUGUACAAGCUAUGAGAUUGAACGACAUCAGAUUCGUCCAUUCCAGCUAGCGGUGGCUCAGAAACUGCUGUCUCAUAUUUGCUCAAUUGCUGACUCCAGCACUCAAAAUCUUGAUUUGGGUUCCUUCGAGAAAAUUGAUUUCUUGAUUUGUGUUCCACCCUCUGAAGUGACGUAUCAGCAGACUUUGUUUCAUCUCUGGCAUUCAGGUAUUUUAUUAGAACUUGGAUUGGAGAAGCAGCAUCUUACAAAGCAGAAGGUGGAGCAGUAUGUCAUGAAACUAGAUGCAGAGGCCCAGAUUAAGUUCAAAGUCUUUCUCCAAAACUCUAUGCAGAAUCCACACACACUGUUUGUCCUAAUCCAUGAUCACGCACACUGGGAUCUAAUGAGUGCUAUGCAUAGCCUUUAUCCUCAGACAGAACUGUCUACAGGACUUGUUGAUAGACUGUUGAACUGCAGGGAGGUGAAAGAGGCACCCAACAUUGUGACACUCCACGUGACUUCCUUCCCCUAUGCGCUGCAGACACAGCACACUCACAUCAGCCCUUACAAUGAGAUCCACUGGCCUUCUUCAUACAGCAAUGGUGUAGAUUUAUACCAUGAAAACAAGAAAUACUUUGGACUGUCAGAAUUCAUUGAAUCCACCCUCUCUGGGCAUAGUAUCCCACUGCUUCGGUAUGACAGCUCUUUUGAAGCAAUGGUCAUGGCUUUGGGAAAGAGGUUUCCCAGAUUACACAGUGCAGUGAUAAGGACUUUUGUCCUCAUACAACACUACUCUGCAGCUAUGAUGGCAGUGUGUGGUCUUUCUCAGAUGAAGAAUUACACCUCAGUUGAGACUCUGGAAAUCACCCAAAACCUAAUAAACUCUUCAAGACAAUGUCCUAGUGGUCAUGGCCUCAUGGUAGUGUUGAGAAUUCCAUGUACCCCACUGGCUGCAGUGGCAUAUGAACGUCUGUAUAAUGUAAGGGAAAGACUAGCCCUUGAAGAUAACUUUGAAAUAAUCUUGGGAAAUCCUAAUUCUGGAAUCACUAUAGGGAAGCACUUUGUGGAGCAACUAAAGGUCUGGCAGAAAAUUGAAGAUGUAGAUUGGAGGCCGCAGACCUAUUUAGAACUUGAAGGUUUGCCCUGUAUAUUAAUAUUUAGUGGUAUGGAUCCACAAGGGGAGUCUUUACCACGAUCACUGCGAUAUUGUGACCUACGUUUAAUAAAUUCAUCUUCUUUAGUAAGGACAACGUUGGAGCAAGAGCUUGGUUUGGCAGCAUACUUUGUGAGCUCAGAAAUUCACACCGAGAAAGCAGUUGUGAAUGAUGUGUUAGAAAGUGACCCAGAGAAACUAAGCAGCACUGAUAAUGAAGAUGAAGAAAUAGCAACAGAAGGUUCUACUUCAGAAAGGAGAAGUCCGAUGAAAAGAGAAAGAUCUCAUUCCCAUGACUCUGCAUCUUCAUCUCUCUCUUCAAAAGCUUCCAUUACAGCAUUCUGCAGCGAGCCAUCUCCUCCUUUAGUAACAGCAGGAGACAGAGCAAAAUCCCCCCACCAAGUCCUACAAGUCCUAAGUAACAGCACUGAAGAAACUACAAAUAACCAUGAAAGGCAGAGGCAGAAAGUAGACAAGGGGGCACAAACAACAAUCAGCAAACACUUACCACCGGGAAAUGAACAACUUGAUACAAAACAAAACAUAAAAAGUACCCAAAUUUCCAUCACCUCCUCAUCUUCCUCACCUUUCUCUUCCUCUUCUUCCUCCUCUGCACCUACUCAUAACUCCUUCAUCUUACAGACCUCUCAAUGCUCCAUGACUAAAUCAUCAAAACAGCCUCCCAUAGUUUUCCUGCCCAAACUGGUUUAUGACAUUAUUACCUCUACGGACAGCAGUGGACUUCCCAAAUCAUCUUCCCUCUUGCCUUACCACUCUGUGAUGUGGGCAAGUUCUUUUCGUCCUCUUAUGAGUAAGAUGAUGACUUGCACAGAGCAGUCUCUAUACUACCGCCAAUGGACAGUGCCCAAGCCAAUCCAUAUGGACUACAACAAUAGAAAUGAGGGCAGAAUGGACACCUUUCACCCAAGGAGGCUGCUGCUGAGUGGGCCACCACAGCUGUCUUUUAGCAGAACAUAGCAAGUGGAAACAAGGAGAAGACCCAGCACCAUUUGACCAGCUGUCUGUGGACCAUCAGCAUAUUUUCUGUGAAUCAACACUGGUUCGCAGACCACAGUCUGAAAACCACUGCUGUGGUAUGUGAAGAACUAUCUCACCUGGAAAUUAAAGUAGAAAAGCCUUAUGGAAUUAUUUCCCCUUUUGCCAUAUUACUCCAAAUGUGAAGAUUGAUAUCAGAUGGUACUUUCUAGAAACAUGAGAAUAAUAAAGUACUUCAACAAAACAAAACCUGAUUACUCUUAGACCUGCUGUGACAGCACCUUUGGAUGACCUUUUUAUGAAUAAGCAUGAAGACAUGAAUCUAAUUUUUCUGACUGGAUUCUCUCAGUCUCCGCUUCUUAGUUUGUUUUCAGUUGAUUAUAGAUAUCUAUGGAAAGUACAGUUCAGUGGUCAAAGUCUUUAAACGGCUGUCCACUCCUGUAGGCACUGUGGGUCUUUGACACAAAAGAUGGACCUUCGUUUCUCUGGAAUUUUCUGUGGGAAGAAUUUGAAUUCAUGUUUUCUCCUCUUGCUCUUGUAUAGCUACAAUCUUCAUGAAUGUAGAACAGCAGAGUAAACAUGUUCUUAGUAUCUCACCAAAUCAUGCCUUGCAUUUAGGAUGAAAAUAGAAACCAAAAUACUAUAUCUUGGCAGGAUCCACCUUCCUUAUUUAUUGGAAAUUUUCACAAAAUAUGAGAUUUUUGCAACUUAGUCUUCUGUGAUUUUCUUCUUCAAAGUCUAAUUCAUCAGACUUCUGUCUUCCAAAUUUAGAUAGCCAGAAACAAAUUAGAGUAAUACUUCAAUUAUUUGGAAAUGUAUGACCCCCAGGUGACUUAUCCUGCUUGCGGCAUCUCUUUGCAGAUGCCCCAAAUAACUGAUCCAAAAGAAGGGUGGUAACAGAUGUGACAAGAACUCUUUGGAGAGAUCUGGAAGCUGCGUGUAAUGACAGAUCCUCAGUACUUUCAAACAAGCAAAGACACCCUGUGCAGUUCCAUUUGGUCAGAGAUGGCACAUAAAAAAACAAUCUUAUUGAAUUUAAAGGCACAUUUACCUAUCUGAGCAUGCUAUAAAUUCAGAUUUUUGAAGUUCUUCCCUUCUGGAGAAAACAUUGAUUGUCAAUAGAAAGUCAUUUUUCUUUUGAAUCUUUUGCUCCGUAAAUGAACUGAGAAAAGUGUUCUGUAUUUCACAAACUUAUUUCUUCAGCAGAAAAUGCAGGCAAAUACAUGUGUGAGGGGAGUCAAAUUAAGAAUGUUGCAAUGUGUUCAGCUUGGGUUCUCUGCCUGCAGAGAAACAGCCUGAAAAUGAGAGACUCCUGCCCAUUCCCACCAGCAUUUUCCAUUCAGUGCUGCUAAUAUCUAGCAGUUCCUAAAGCUCAUAGUACUGUAGUGGACGGUUUCCAGGUGACAGAUAAUAAGAUUAGGUAAGAUGUGAUGCAUGGAAUAUGAAAAGUGCAUAUGUUUUAGUUUCCUGGUCAGGGACCAAUAUUUUUAGUCCUGUUGUUUACAACAUUUUCGAUUUGUGACCCUACUGCUUUGUAAAUUCGAAUCAAUAGGCAAUUGCUACCUUUCUCCUAAGUACCACUUAGAGUUAGCCUGCUGACCCCAGAUGUGUUGUUGAAAACCACUGGCGAAAACCUCUUUCCUGAGGGAAAGAAAAAUAAAUGUUUUUGAUAGAACAAGUUUUAAAUGGUUACUGAAAGGGAAAAGUAAGGCUUUCAGCCUGUUGACAAUUCUAAGUAUAUACUUCAAACAGAUUAGGAAUGACAGCUGCGUACUUUUGACUCUCAUUUCUUCAAACUUAGGGAGCUCUUAAUCUGUCAGGCCACCUAAUGUUUAAUCAAAGGAUGGUGGGAGGCACUUAAAAAGAAUAUGUUCAUAAUGGCAUAGAAAUGUAAUCUCAGCUAUGAAAAAAUGUAGAAAAUGCAUUCUAAUACAACAAAGUAAGAUCAAGUUUGCCACAAAUGUGGAGAAUGAAGAAGAUCAGCUAUUCCAGUGAAGCUUACAGCCUUGUUCCAAGGUCAGUAGAAAGAUUCUCAUGAGUCUCCGUGGAUUUUAUAUGAAAACUCAGACUGGGAACUAGAAACACCUUGUUUGUGGGUCCAUGCUCUAAUAAAAAGUAACUUUUUCCUAUAUUACCCCUGGACAAUAUGGAGUUGUGUGCUAACACGUGGUCUAUGGGCUUAUUUUGCCCUCUAUGGGCUUAUUUUGCCCUCAGGGAAAGGGGCACCCUUUUCAACCCUUGCCCAACAUCCAUUCAAGUGCAAUCUGAUUUACUAAAAGUAACAGGCAUGAACUUUGACAAAAGCAAAUGUUUACUUGCUCUUGUUUCAUCUUCAAAGACACAAGUGUUGAGAGAAAAUGGAAAAACUACUUGAAAUAUGGAAAAUAUUAAAUCCAAUACUGUUUUUAGUAGUUCAGUACACCAUGUUGCUGACGUACCCCAGCAGUAAUGGCAGUGAAAGCUGGAGUUUGAAUACAGUACUAAUGUAGAUGUAUUUCAAAAUCUGAUACAACUACCUGAGAACAGACAGUUGCAGAAGGAGAAUAUGUCAUAACUGAUCUACAUGUUAACUUCACUCGGUAUUCUCCUGUGAGAAUGAAACGAGUUUGCAGGUCUCUUUUUUUUCUCAUAUAAACCCUUUCUGUACUGCUUCCUUUUAAAGUGUAACAGCAUUAUUUCCUUGUGGUCAUCAAUAAACUUUAUAUGGAAGACACAGAGCAAUUAACUGAGUAAAACGUUGGCUGUGGCUGAAAAAGCUAUACAAGGAUAACAAACCAAUUCGGUAUAAUGAAGAGAAAAUACAUAUUUUGUGUUUGUAAGGUAAAAACAAAAGUUUAAAGUAACAAUCUUAAGGUAAUUUUAAAACAAGCUUUUAACAGGUAACUUGAAAACAGUGGAAGGAAAAUAAUAUCUUUUCAGCAAAAGAGGUGGAACAACGCAUUAUCAUGUAUGCCAUGUCCUUAGGGAGUGGAUGUGGCCUGGACAAGUUCUCCAGUAGAGGUUUGACGCUUCUUUCUUCAGAAUGCUUCAACAGUACUCAGUGUGCUGAUGAAUUGUGCAAAUAUGAAGGAGUUGAAGUAAUUCUUUUGUUAUUUUACAUCAAGUGGAUUGUUUAUAAAACAUUUUAUGAGCUUAUGUGGAUUUCUAAGAGUUCAUUGCCAAUGUAGCAACUGUAAGAGAGAGAAAAUUCAAGUUUGCUGUCUUAUAAUUAGAUCUGCGAUACAAAAUGCAUUUUCCAAACUAAUUUCCUGCAUGAAGAGCACAAAAGCAUCGAGCACUUAAGCAUGUCAUUAAUGGUUAGGAAUGUGAAAGUAUAGGGAUAUGCAAACACUAAAUAUUAAUAUUUGGUUUCACUUCAGCUGCAAUUUCUAGAUGAAAAUGAAAGUUUUGUAUUUUCUGAU